AUGGUCAAGGCUGCACCGCCAGCUCCCACUGGUCCGGGCAUAUACAGUGCCACAUACAGUGGUAUCCCCGUCUACGAAUAUCAAUUCGGACUUGAAUUCAAGGAACAUGUUAUGCGAAGGAGACAUGAUGACUGGAUCAAUGCCACCCACAUCUUGAAAGCCGCUGGCUUCGACAAGCCUGCUCGAACGAGAAUUUUGGAGCGCGACGUUCAGAAGGACGUGCAUGAGAAGAUUCAGGGUGGUUACGGCAAAUAUCAAGGAACCUGGAUUCCCCUUGAAAGCGGCGAGGCCCUUGCUCAUCGACACAGCGCAUACGACCGCCUGCGGCCCAUUUUCGAAUAUGUCCCCGGCAACGAGAGCCCUCCUCCCGCUCCUCGGCAUGCCAGUAAACCCAAACAGCCCAAAGUGAAACCUCCGCUACCAAAAUGGGGUGCCAGUAAGCCCAGCAAGUCCCAUUGCGAAGCUUCAGCUGACAUUCUAGGCACUGUCCCCAUGCGCGAUGACUAUGAGAAUACCGACGCAGUGAUGGCUGAAGACGAUACGCCUGAUAACCUCACCAUAGCCUCGGCAUCUUAUAUGGCGGAGGAGGAUCGCUACGACCUGGCACACAUAUCUACCGGCCACAGAAAGCGCAAGAGAGAAGAGCAUUUGAAUGAUCUCACGGAACAACAGCAUGCCAUGUAUGGCGACGAGCUUCUGGACUAUUUCUUACUCUCCAGGAAUGAGCAACCUGCAGUGAAGCCUGAUCCUCCGCCGAACUUUCAGCCCAAUUGGCUCAUUGACGCCGAGAACCACACUGCUCUGCAUUGGGCCUGCGCCAUGGGCGAUGUCGAUGUCGUUCGGCAGCUCAAAAAGUUCAAUGCCGGUAUUGCAGUCAAGAACGUUCGCGGGGAGACCCCAUUUAUGCGAUCCGUCAAUUUUACCAACUGCUAUGAGAAGCAGACAUUCCCUGCCGUCAUGAAGGAGCUUCUUGAUACUGUCGAAGCCCGAGACAAUUCUGGAUGCACCGUUAUUCACCACGCGGCGGUCAUGAAGAAUGGUCGUGUAUUCAGCCCAUCAUGUUCACGCUACUACCUGGACAUUAUUCUCAAUCGUCUGCAGGAGACCAUGGAACAAAGCGCUUUCCAGCAGCUGCUCGAUGUACAAGACAGUGACGGUAACACUGCUCUACAUCUGGCAACCCAAAGAAAUGCACGCAAGUGCAUUCGAGCCCUGCUCGGUCGCAACGCAUCAUCUGACAUCCCCAACCAUGAAGGCGUUCGAGCUGAGGAUCUCAUUGCGGAGCUUAAUGCUUCCAAGAAGGAGCGUGGGCCACAGCGCUCCUCAUCGCCAUAUGCUCCUGAUUCCCAAAGGCACGCAUCCUUCAAGGACGUGUUCGCCGAAAAGCCUUCCAAGAAGAAAACUCAUAUCUUCAAGUCUGCUGCUGCAACCACCGUAAAGUCUCGCAUCGCUCCUCUAAUUGAGGAGAAGUUUUCGGACUUGGCCGAGAGCUACGACGAGGAGUGGAAUGAGAAGAAUAAAGCGGAAACGGAAGCCCAGCGUAUACUCAACAACACACAGGCGGAGCUCCAUGCUGCCCAUCAGCAAAUCGCCGAGCUAGAGCAGCAACUAGAACCCGACGACGUCGCCACCAAAAUUAUGAAUGAGGCCAACCUCGCCAAACACCAGGUCCUGUCGCUCAUUACCCACCAAAACCGCCUGCAUAUCUCGCAGGCCGUCGACGGCGAGCUGACUCGCAUCAAUGGCGACGGCGGCCAGGAUGAGUCGUACGAGGAGCGCCUCAGCUUAGCCCGCCAGCUUAGCCACAUGCUCGCGGAGCAGCGCAUGGCCGAGACGGAAUACGUCGACGCCCUCAGCAUGGUCGGCGUCGGCGACAAGAUUGAAAAAUACCGCAAGCUGCUCAAGCGCUGUCUGGAUCCCAAGGACGGCGAGAGCUUUGACAAUAACCUAGACAGUAUCAUUGAGUUGAUGGAGGAGGAACGCGACUUGCAAGACAGAGACGGCUCGACGGCGGCGCCAGAGCCCAUGGACAUUGCCGUAGGCAUGUAA